GGAGUGUUCUCUCUUCUCGACACUCACGCGCCACGCUCAUGAUACCCGCGAGGACUGUUUCUUCGAUAUUCAUCACCGAUAGCAAAUCCGAUAGUUAUCGAUAGGCCGGAGACUGGAGACCGUUGAAAGAUCCUAAUAUUCUUUUUCAUACUGUGCUGACGACGCAGUCGAAAUGGUUAUUACCAAUUCAACGUUCAUCCCUGAUGAUGAUGAACUAACCGUGCAAGAGGUUAACAUCGGUACACCAGCUCUUCGUGCUGCGGCCUUUCAUAUAGGCAAAUAUUGCGAGUACCAAAAUAACGAAUUCAUGUUAUGUCGUCAAGAAUUGGAUGAUCCAAGACCUUGCAUACAAGAGGGCAAAUUGGUGACUGCGUGUACACUUGAAUUCUUCCGCAAACUAAAAAAAACCUGCUAUGAUGAAUUUACUCAAUAUACCAGAUGUCUUGACAAGAGUAGUUCAAGGCUGGAAUAUGAUCGCUGCCGAAUGACGCAGUCAAUCUAUGAUAAAUGUGUUUUGGAUAAUCUCAACUUGGAGCGUCCACAAUUUGGUUACUUCUGCGAAGUCAAGGUCCAUGACUCACCCCGACCAAAGCCACAGCCUCAGCCUAAAGCAGUUUACCCUGAUAUUCCGGACCACUUACCACCGGGUGAUUAUCCACCACCGAGAUUUGGUGCCAGGUCUUUCUUCUUCGACUGAGCAUCUUCAGUGUGGCAUCGACUAAUUAUCUGUUAUUUUUAGAAUCUAGCAAAAUUAUAAUGUAUUGAUUGCAUACUAUUAUACUAGAUCGAUUAGUACUUCACUGUUGUGUGUGCAAUUACGUGAAUAGAAGCUACACUCUGCGGUGAA